AUGACAGGGGUAUACAUCGAGGGAACAUCAACUGGCCUGUCAUUCUACGAUACAGGUUUAAAUUUCAGCCUGGGUGAAAUAGACGCGAUUAAAAAUAUAUGGAGAGUGCUAGGGAUAGUUACAGCUUCAGGGUUUGCUGGUUCAAAUCCACAAUUUGACACAUCAACUACAGCCAGUCAAGAACAAGAUGAAGAGAUAUUGCAACAAGAUGAAGAGAUAUUGCAACGCUUCAUACCAGGGGUGGCCAAACUGAAUAUUAUUAAUAUGAACUCGGGUAGUUCUGUGGAAAUCGAUGAGAGGAUAGCUGAGGAGUUUGCGUUUAAAUUAAAAUCCAAUUUAUUGCAUUACACAAGUUUACAUUAUAAUCCCAAGGAAAGCUAUAAGAGAAACGAUUUUGAUGACUUCGAACUUGAAGAUGAGGAAUUUGACUACCAUUUGCCUGACUUAAUACGCUUGAUUUCUAAUAUUAUCUAUGAUUUAGAAAAUAUUCAUAAUAAUGAUUCGGGCGUAAUAAAAACAGCAAAAAUAUGCUCUCGUAUAUGGAAUUAUGAGAUGUGCCAUUACAAAUUGGUCGGUGAAGCGUUAACGUUGACUAUUUUAGAUCAGGUUGGGCGAAACCGGUUUUCACCUGAACUUGAAUACACAUGGCUCAAAUUCUAUAAUAUAUUCUCUAAUUUAUUACAAACAGAAGGCGAAGACCCAUUUUUUGAUUUGCCUAUACACGAGGAAAUGUCUAGAAGCAGAUUUCCAAGUGAUACUCUUACAUUGUCAACCAUAAGUCCAAGAUCUUCGAUCAAUUUUCCUGAUGACGACAUAUAUUCCAUUAGGGAACUACCAUCAGUUGAUCAAGACUUCGGGGUAUUCAGCCUGCUAAACGGAAUCAACGAGGAAGAUGAAGAUGGUUCUUAUGAUUUAAUUAAUGUAUUUGGUUACGACAGAUCGGAAACUAAAAGUCCAAGCAAGAAGGGAUAUAGAUCAUCACUUACAAGAUUUAGAACGAGGAGAAAAUCUCUAGUUUAA